AUGACGACUCCAUUCCCUCUCUUACGUCUUCCAAGACUUGCACUGUUUCCGGUUUUUGAACAAAUGGAAGAAAGGGAAAUAAUUACAUUCUCACUUCUUUCCAAAAGAGCCCAUAGUCUCUCAAAAAGUCUACGUAAAUUAUCUGCCAGGUUCAUUGAGCUGACCGUGGAGAAAGACCGUCAUUAUCUCACAGCUCGUUUUAAAUAUAGAGAAUCAGUAGGACCGCCUUUCCACACAAUUUUGACCAAACAUUUGGUGUUUCAAAACGAAACCGUUUCACAUGAAAAGAUCGGGCUAUCAGAAUUCCAAUGGAUUGAGCGGGUUCUAGAUGUAACAAAUUCUGAAUCGCUUCAACGCGUAGAUAUCAACGGAGUUCCACGACUAGAUAUGUGCGAUGCACUUUCUUCACUGAAAAAUAUCCGUGAACUAUUCAUCGGAGUCUGCUGUCCAGACAGUUUUGCAAAGAAAACCCUAGAAAUCCUUUCUCCAGUUACCACUGAAAUCACUAUCUGGAAAACUCCAUUUGAGAAUAGAGAUGAGUUUCAGACUUUUCUAAAGAGCAACUUGAAUUUUUUGAAUAUUCACUAUCAUUAUGUCUCGAGAAACACCCUUGAUGACCUUCUAGUCACAAACGCACUCAAACUGAAACUAGGAACAGCUAUGUUGGGUGUCACAGGUAUCAAGCGAUUUCUCACAAAAUGGUUUCACAGCAAACGCAACUCUCGACUUGAACAUCUGUCAUUUUGCACAUUGGAAGGUGUAAAUGAAAUGUGUCUUCCGAAAGUACUGAAGGCUGUUCCUUUUCCAAGAGACCAAGAAAGGACAUUCUUUUAUUCAAAAGAACUGGACACUGUAUCAGAAUCGUUUCGUGGAGGAUAUGAUAUCGAAAGAACAGAUGGGAAGAAAGCCACAAUUAUAUUUGUGCCCGGUCAUCGACUGACGUGUAUCGAUUUUUAUGUUUGGCCGUGCAUUUAA